AUGUAUGGACUUUCUGGUGAUCACGUCAUGGUAGUCUCGAAGUACUUUAAGACAAUUAACGACUUCAUCAAUUUAGAAUUGGUAUGCAAAAAGUUCCGUGGUAAUAUGGAAAAGUUUCACUUCAACCCAAUUCCGUUAAAUUCAAAAACAUUUAAAUACUUUCCAAACAUUGAGACACUUCAUUUGUGGGAUAUAGACGAUGAAGGCUUUUUCGAUGGAUUUCUAAUCAACGCAAAAGAAAAGAAAAAAUGUGGAGAUAAAGCUGUUUCAAAGAAAAAGUUAUGUCUUAUUGUGUGGUUUGAAGUUGAUUUUGAAACAAUCGACAGAAUUCAAAGUCGAAAAAUCAAAUAUCAAAAUGUUACUUACACUCAAUAUAAUAGAAAGAAAUAUGGUAAUAACAUACCAUCGGGUGUAAGUUCCAUUGAUGAUAUGUGUUUCGAUGGAUGUAGUAAUCUAAGCAGUGUUAUAAUACCAUCAAGUGUUACAUCAAUUGGGAAUUAUUGUUUUUAUGAAUGUAGUAAUUUAAGAAGUCUAACAAUACCAUUGGGUGUUAUAUCAAUUGGUUAUAAUUGUUUUAAUAAAUGCAGCAGUUUAAGCAGUGUCAUAAUUCCACCAAGUGUUACAUCACUUGGUGAAUAUUGUUUCGGUGAAUGUAGUAAUAUAUGCAGUGUCAUUAUACCAUCAAGUGUGAGAUCAAUUGGCGAUUAUUGUUUUUAUAAAUGUAAAAGUUUAAGCAGUAUUAACAUUUCACCAAUUGUUACAUCUAUUGGCGAUUAUUGUUUUGAUGAAUGCAGUAGUUUAAGCAGUAUUACAAUACCAUCGAGUGUUAUAUCAAUAAAUGAUAAUUGUUUUUUAUCGAACACUAUAGUUCAUCAAAGCAAAUGA